ACCUGUUCCUUUUUAUUUAGAUUUUCUUCCUAUUUUCCAAUUGAUUUUCCAUGAGGGAUCAGAGUUCUGAAAUCUGCUGCAAUUGGAGACCAAUGAAUUGUGAAUCCUCCCUCUGUUCCUUCUUCUUCGGAUUCAUUCAGGUUAGCGGGUCAGAUCCUAAAACAACACAUUGGCCAAAGUGUUGUUUGGGGAAAAAAAGUUUUGAAAAAGGGGUUUGUGUCUCAGCAUAGGAUUAGAAUGGAACACGUGUCGCAAGGAGGUAAGGAAUUGGUAGAAAAUUGGUGGGUGAAGAAUUGAAGACGAGCCAAAUCCUGAGCUAUAUCCAUCAGAAAGUAUCAAAAGUUGAACUAAUGGCUCAGAUAUGGUGGUUUGGAAAAGGACGUGAGAUGAGUUCGAAUUUUACAUGGCACUUCUGAAAAGGGGAAUUUAAGAAAUGGAAAGAAAUCUGACCUAAAACCCAGCCCAAUUCCAUCAUUUCCAAAUCAAGGGACCUGCAAAUCCAGUUCAAAUCAAGGAGCUUCAAAUCCGCUGCUGCAAAGGGAUCCGUUGCAAAGGGGCUUCGUUCAUCUCUGAAACAGAGACAGAAAGAAAGAAAAUGGCGCAUGGUUCGGAAGAGGGGCUAGGAUUUUCGAGCGAAGAUUAUGAUUCGCUAAUUGCGACCACUGAUGUGGAGCUCUUGAAGCGGGCAUGGCGGAAUGAGAAAGCUUCUCCUGAAAUUCUUCAGUUCCAGGAUAGUUUGGUACAGAGAUCUAGAGAGCAGAUUCAGUUGAUGGAAGAUACUAUGGAGGAAUUUGCCAAAAAUGGUACGGAUCCGCUCACUGUCUCUCUGUACCAGAUGGAUUUAGAUAGGGCAUUGUUCCUCUUAAGAUCGUAUCUUCGGACUCGCCUUCAAAAGAUUGAGAAGUACUUUAUCCACAUUUCAAAAUCUGAAUUGUGGAACCGGCUUUCUGAACAAGAGCAUAAGUUUGCUAAAAAGUGCAUGGAUUAUAUGGAAAAACAUCUCCAAAAAUCUGUUUUGUCUCAUUUACCUUAUGGUUAUCAGUCCAUUCUGAGGCAAUCUAUAUCUAGUGAAGAAGAUGACAUGGUCCCAGAGCCUCAGUUGGACACCUUUGUCUUCUGCAAAAGCAAGGGUUCUGUGGGAGCUUUCCAGCUUGAUGAUAGUGGGGAUGAGAUUGUGGACCUAGUUGCAGAUGAUCUAUAUGUACUACGUUACAAGUCAAUAAAGGCACUCAUAGAGAGUGGGCAAAUUGACCUUGUGUAACAAAAGUUGGCAUCUUCCAGGUGAAGUCAUUUGCAGUGUAAGCCAUGGCAGGUUUGUAAGGAUCUAUGAAAAGGCCAGGAAGGAGCAGAUGGCUUUCUUUUGUACCCUUAGAAGUGUAGUGGUGAGUAUGUGCUUGAAGCAACCCAUGUGUGGAUAUACCAUUCUCAUCCCUACACUCUGAAUUGUUUUCUUGGGCAGCACAUGCGAUGCUCUAAUGUUUCAGGACAUAAUCAUGUAGCUCAAAGUUUUGUUUUGUUGAUGACAUCGUUUAAUCUCCUCUUUCUGUAAAUUUUUUGUUCUUGAAUUUUGAGUUUGUUGACAAAUUCUAAAGGUUGCAUUUUCCGGUCA